AUGUCAGCAUCGAGUGGCAACCGGAGAAUAUUCGCACAUAAGUCCGAUCCCAUGUUAUUUCCGGAGUUCACGCCAUCAUCUAUAAGAAACGUAUCAUAUAUCAGAGCUGGUUUGAAUCUUCCCUAUGUCCAUGACGACAGGCCUUACAACCACGACCUGUACACAAGCACGACCACCAAGAAACCAACCACGACCACCAAAAGGACGACGACCUCCACCACCACGACCACCACCACGCCCCGCAAUAUUCUCUUCAACUACGAUGACGAGGGUCGCCACAAGAUCCUGCACAAGGAAGAGGUCCGCAAGCAGGACAAAUACGACCACUCAUACCUGACCGAGAAUGGAAUCUACGGUGAGGAGCAGGCCAAGCUUCACCACACCGGAGGAACCCAUGCCAAGGGCUUUUAUGAGUACACCGGUGACGAUGGCAAGCUUUAUCGUGUAAACUACGCCUCCAACGAUGGUGGCUUCAUGCCCCAGGGGGACCACAUUCACCCGAUCCCCGACGCCAUUGUCCGUGCCCUCAAGUACGUGGAGGAGCAGCACAAGAUUAACGGAGGCGCUCAGUUCGAUCAUCGUGGAUUCCGCAUCAAUCACAUGACCAAGGACCUUAAGGCGCAGAUCAAGGCGAUCCAUCUGGAGGAGAUGCCCAAGGAGCUGACCGAGCAGAUCCACAUGCUGGAGCACGAGGUGGAGCUCGCCGAGGAGGAGGAGCGAGAGGAGCAAGCCGCCCUGGAGCGUCUCCGCGAGGCAGCCAAGUCCCACUAAGUCCCACUAAGUGCCGACCCAGAGCUACCCUCAUUCACAGCCAUAUGUUCCCGCUACCCAAGCCCCCAGAAACAGUCCUAGUCCAUCCAGAACCCAAAACCCCAAAAUCCAACACCCAACUCCAUUCCCCAUGCAUUUGCCGAGUGAUCCACGGGCAAACCCUAUAACAAGCCAUCGCAAUACCGAAAAAAUCCACAAAAAAAGCAAAAGGAAGGUGAAGAUGUCAGCAUCGAGUGGCAACCGGAGAAUAUUCGCACAUAAGUCCGAUCCCAUGUUAUUUCGUAUUUAUUUAUCUGUCGAAGUGUCGAACUGUCGAAUUUGACGGUGUUGCUAUGCAUAAGAUAAUUAAUUUGUUAUUAUCGUAUAUUGAAAUAAAACCUACUAAAUAUUUGUUAUAAA